GGCAGGUGCGGGCGGCAGGUCGGGCUCAGCUCGCCUGAGGACCGGUGCUCCCGAGGCCUCAUGAAGCCGCAGGAGCCGCCGGAGAGCGGCCCCGCCGCCGCGCUGGAGGCACUGAAGCAGCGGGCGUGCGAGAGCGUGGAUCUGAACGCUGCGCGCCUGGGCGCGCUGAGCCGCGACAUCUGGAGCCGUCCCGAGCUGGCGUACGCGGAGCACCAGGCGCACGACGCCCUGACCCGCUUUUUCUCCGGCGGGGACCUGCCUGGCGCCGCCUGGGCCGUGCAGCCGCGCUACAAGCUGGCCACAGCUUUCCGCGCCGACUGGGGCCCGGCGGCCCCGCGGGACCCGCUCCGCCUCGCCUUCCUCUGCGAGUACGACGCGCUGCCCGGGCUCGGGCACGCCUGCGGCCACAACCUCAUCGCCGAGGUGGGAGCCGCCGCCGCGCUGGCGCUGAAGGCCGCCCUGGAGAGCCUGGCGGAGCCCGCGGCCGUGCAGAUCACGGUGCUGGGGACGCCCGCGGAAGAGCAAGGAGGAGGCAAAAUAGACCUCAUCAAGGCUGGAGCGUUCGAUGGCCUGGAUGUGGUUUUCAUGGCACACCCCUCGCAAGAAAACGCUGCUUACCUGCCCGACGUGGCCGAGCAUGAUGUGACUGUGAAAUACUAUGGAAAAGCUUCUCAUGCUGCUGCUUAUCCUUGGGAAGGAGUUAAUGCAUUAGAUGCUGCUGUUCUUGCAUACAACAAUCUGUCUGUUUUAAGACAGCAGAUGAAACCGACCUGGAGAGUUCAUGGUGUAAUAAAAAAUGGUGGUGUGAAACCUAACAUCAUUCCUUCUUACACUGAACUAGAGUUUUACUUGCGUGCUCCUUCGAGGAAAGAGCUUUCUGUUCUGACAGAGAAGGUUGAAAACUGCUUCAAAUCUGCAGCAGUGGCCACAGGAUGCAAGGUGGAAAUAAAAGGUGGUGAAAAUGAUUACUACAAUGUGCUUCCAAAUAAGAGCCUGCAGAAAAUUUACAAGAAGAAUGGGAAGAAGCUUGGAAUAGAUUUUAUAUCAGAAGAUGCUGUCUUGAAUGGUUUGUCAGGUUCCACGGACUUUGGAAAUGUUACAUUUGUGGUCCCUGGGAUUCAUCCUUAUUUUUAUAUUGGCUCUGAUGCGUUGAAUCAUACUGAGCAGUACACAGAAGCUGCAGGGUCACAGACUGCUCAGUUCUACGCCUUGCGCACAGCUAAAGCUUUGGCAAUGACCGCACUGGAUGUCAUUUUCAAGCCAGGUCUGUUAGAAGAAGUCAGGGAAGACUUUAGAAAAGUGAAGCUGAAAGAAGAGGAACAAGCAAAUUCAGUAGAACCUAAAAAAGAAUCUGGUGUUGCUGAAGGAGCAUGUGCAUCACACUAAACUUGAUUAAAGCUUUCUCAGUAGCAUUGACAUAGUGGAGAUGCUGUAUUUAAAUCCCAGUAGGGGCUGGAUAAAUACAUAGCUGAAGAAAUUCUGAUUUUAUUUAAUUUGGACUUUAGGAGAAGUAAAUAGCAUAAUUGCUUUCAAAAAAUGUGAAAUUUCAUCUAGCUGUAAUGUUUGUGUUUGCUAUGGUGAUGAUUUUCAUACAGAGAUCUCAAAUAUGUUCUCUUUAAUUUGCAGUGUUGAAUAAAUUAUAGUGUUUAGAUCCCUUGUCAGUGAUUUUCUAUGUAGUGCUAUAUUAAUAUUCCUUAUAGGGGAAGUAUGGCAGUUUUCUGUUCUAAAAUAAGCACUUUUCAUUCAGUGAACAUAUGCUGAAUCUGAUCUGUGAAGCUUUUAUGGAAUUUCUGGUCAGUCACUUUUCUUGGGACAAGAUGGAGACUUAAAAAAUGAGCUGGUUUCGCUGGAGAGAAGGGGCUAUGUUUGGAAAUGUACUUGGUUUUGAACAUAGUAGCUUCUAGCAAUGGAAGAGGACUGUAUAGGAAUGCAAUCUGUAAAGCUUGAUUGUCCUGAAACGCAUUGAUUUUCCUAAUAAAUUUCGGAGGUGUUGUGGAGAAGUCAUGGAUCACAAAAUUGAAAGCAGCUAAAUGUUUAUUUGAUUAAAUCAACACAUUUAAACUACUGCAGGAAAAAUCCUGCUCUGAGGCAAUACAGGUGUCAUGCAAGGUGUUGCAUUAGCUUAACUGAAGGAGGUGUAUAAAUUUAGCUAAACCAGUGGAAAUCUUUGUCACAAAGCUACAAGUGUGGUACCAUGAAGCAAUAAAUGGUUGUGUACAAGUCCCUCUAGUAAGCUCAGAGGAGCUUGCAGUGAGGACUGCUGGCUUUUUUAACCUGUUUGUUCCCGUGUCCUAAGCAGCAGAUCUGUUAAGUCUUGCCAGUUGUCCUUUCUGUGUGUUGUGUGGUUAGUCCACUUAGUCUUUGUUAUUUUGCUUCCCAGGGACAUUGAUACUGCAGUUUAAUCAAGGUGAUGUUUUGUGUGCCCAAACAUGUUCAGAUGUCUUUUAAUUCACUGGUUAAAGGAUCUCGUGAGUACACAGAAGUCAGUGGACAGAUGGAGUGAGAAAGCAACUUACUGAUCAGCAUUUUCCUAAGCACAGCAAUUACUGUAAGCUUCAGAAAGGAAGUCAGAAUAACUGUCUUUCAGUAAACUUUUUUCAACAGUCUCUAAAUGGUAAACUCUAAAAUUCUGUUCAGCAUUUACAGUUUAUUGAUUUCUAUAUUCAAUUAAAUGAUUUCUAUAUUAAUUUUAAUUUUACAUUCACUUUAAGCCAGUAUCCUUGCUUUCAUUAGCAAAUGGUUUUCACAGAUGGAUAUGUGAAAUAGAUGGUGGGAUUCUGAGCUAUAGACGUGUCCAGGAUAGUAAGUUGAAUACUAAAUCCAACGAAAUUUGUUCUAAGGUUUGUCAGAGGAACUUUAUCCUUAACUUUUAAUUUACACUCUGCCUUGCCAGUUCUUGGACACAAUUGCAGUUCACCAAGAUCUACUGAGUUAACAGGCUAGUGCAUUGAUUUCCUUAGCACACAUGACUUUCUAUUUCCUUCUGCAAGAGCUGCUUAACUCAUUGCUUUGCUGUUUAUAAGAUGGAGUGUUUGGAUCCCACAUAGAUAGCACAUGCUGUGUUGUUGUGUUUCCUACAAGCUGAUAUGCAUUAAAGCCUUCUCAGUUCUUUUUGUCCAGAUAUCUUGGCUGCAUCAUAUCCAAGAUCAGUUAAUUAAACUUCUCUGAACUAAAAGUGUGUCUUCCUUUUGUUGUAAUCAUUGCUGGAAUUAAAAUGGAAUUGAAGUACUGAUUAAAGAUAAGUUGAUAUUAAUAAGGGAAUUUAAUUGUGAUUGAAUUUUCUUGUCCUUUGCUUAAUAUUGUGAUGCUGCAUGAUUUUGAGUAGCAGGUUUGAUUUUUUUUUCUCCUAGUUUGUUAUGAUUAUAUAAGAUUGAGGGUGUUUAAGCUUUCCAUUUUGAUCUGUGUUUGUGAAGGUUAAUGCUUUUCAAAUACAGUAUUUAAUGUUAGUCUUUAUAAUCUUAUGGCUGUUUUAACUGUUAAAGCAUGCUGGAAUUGAUAGAAGUCAAAAUGUGAGCUUGUGAGUGAUCACUGAAGGAUCUCUGUUAGGCUAAAGCUGGUCUAGCCUCCAGCUUGAAGUGGGAUUAUCACCAGCACUAGGUCAGGUGAUCUUGGCUUCAUUUGCCAAAUCCUUGAAUCCUUGUUCAGCCUCCAUUCUCAACUCCCUAUGUGAGCUAAUUCCAGUUUGUGUCAAAAUCUUCAUUCUUGAGGUCCAGAACUAAAGCAGUUUGGGAUUUAACCUUGCAAUUUUACUAUCACAGUGAUACUAUGUAUGGGAGAAUUUUAGUUCCCAUGGGAAUAAGACUUCGAUUUUCAGUCAUUUAUGCUCACAAUUCACGAAUAUAUGAAAAUAUCCAACGUGCUUUUUAACUGCAGUCAUCCCCAAGCCGUUUGUAAUUUAAGAGUAUUGUGAUAUUUGUCAGGAAUAGUAGUAAUAAAUCAAAACGUGUGGGUAAUGGACUGUAAUGCCUGAAAUUAUUCUGAGCUGCUGAUGGCAAAUGACAGCUGUGAAAGGAUGAGGUGAUGAUGUCCAGACGUUGUGAAGAACUUAAAGCCUCUGCCAGCAUAUCAAACUACUGUAUUUCCUUAUUUAGUAUCUGUCUGAGAACCUGAGUAAAAGAUAUAUUUGGUUUAAAGCAAAACAAAAAGCACUUGUUUAAAGCAAAAUGAAAAAUAAAACAUGAAAUGUGA